UUUGCCCUGCAUGAUCAUGGCUACUGAUCUAAGUUCACACAACUCGCAGAAUAAUAACAAACGUUGUAGUGAAAGGAUUUCAGAAAUUUUAUCUAGGCAAUGGAAGAGCUGCCUCUGUCUCCUCCCUCAACGCCUUCUAACGGUUCAAAAGUUAUGGAAGACGACUACAGAACAAACUCCGAUGUUGAAGAAAUUCACAGCGAAUCAAGUGUGGAUCUUGAUGCCGUACAAUCGCUCCUUGCUAUGAGUCGAUGGUCUCCGCCAACUCCUGAACGAAAUACACCAAGUCCUGACUCAGGAAUGYCCUCGAUGAGCAGGAAUUCUUCCAGUGCGUCGCUGAGUAGCACUUGUACGAGUARCAGUACAAUGUCUUCUGAUGAAUCGUCUGGUAGUGGCUCCGAUUUUAACUAUAAAAAUCUAAAGAAAGGAGAUCUCGCUACCGAUACACGAUACACGAAUAAUACGGACUCGCGGACAACUGUGUCACCAAAUAGCUCUACAUCCCCUCUACCAAAUGCUGGCUUCAGUCCUGUACUUCUUCCCGGUGGAGGAAAUCUUCCCGCGGGAGCAAUCAUGAUUUUGUACCCUGUAAAUGGCACCAAUGUUYCUACUGAUCAAAGAGGCAUCCUCAUCCCACAGCUGUCACAAAACAACUUGCUAACUCUCGCGGGACAACAGUCCGUUCAGAAUCUAACAGAUGGAGGAAAAAACCAAACAACAAGACGUCGAAAUCACGUCUGUAAYUACGAAAACUGUGGAAAAACCUAUUUCAAAAGCUCCCAUUUGAAAGCCCAUCUUCGAACACAUACUGGAGAAAAGCCCUUUCCAUGCACUUGGGAAGGCUGUGAGAGAAGAUUUGCAAGAUCAGAUGAACUGGCUCGUCAUAAGAGAACUCACACAGGUGAAAAGAGAUUUGCCUGUACACUCUGUGGUAGAAAAUUUAUGAGAUCUGAUCAUCUGACCAAACAUGCUCGCCGACACAUGACUGCUAAAAAAGUUCCAGGAUGGCAGCUUGAAAUGAGCAAGCUUAAUCAGAUUGCUGCCAUGCAGUCAUCAACCCUGGUACCAGCAUCAGUUGCUAAUUCUGGGCCUCAGAGUGUCCCCUCCAUGGCAGUACCAAUAAGUUCUUUCAGUAGAAUGACAAAUUUGGUAMCUACCACAAGUCAAGGAUCAUAGUGAAAUCAGAAAGGGCUAUACAUGAAAGAAACGGUGAUGAUCCAGUGGACAUACACCCUGUCACUGCUAAAGGAUGAGAACAAGCAAGUCUUGUCAAGCACAAGAUAGAUGUGUCCCUUCAGAUAAAUGCCCCUCUGYUUUCUUACUUCUAAUAGAAAGUUAACGAGGAAACAUUUAAGCAUACGCAUUAUUAAAGCUUCCAUCGUCUAGUGAAUAUUGCUUACACAUUGCUGACUUAGUAAGAA